UGCGCAUGCUCCUCUCUUGUUCCAGCAACAACUGCACCAGAGCCAUAACAAUCGCCCGAAUUAAUCACUUUGGCAAAAGACACUGAAAUUAAAGGGGGCAUCCUACUUGAAAUCGGGAAUCGGGCUAUCUCCGUGACUAGUAUAGCAGCUUACCAGGAGACAUCUUUCUGGGAAUGAUACUGAUAACUUUAAAUUCAUGGAGGAUAACAAGGUGAGCCUCCCUCUCUUCCUCCCGGACACAUUCGAUGAAAAUGGGCGAUUAUGCACCGAAGUGGGGCUUUUCCCCAAAACUAAGUACGGAAUGCUUCAACUGACCGACUGAGAAGGACCAUCGCGUUUUCAAGUGCUCGGUGAUGACAUAUAUCACCUCCUCCUGGGUGUGUUUAGCUAGCUAGCUAACGAGCUAGCAGUAGCCAGCCGCUCCAGAAGACUAACCUCCGACUGAAAAGGGAUCGAUAGCAUUUUAUCUAGCUAACAUUAACUAAUAAGCAAGUCGUUUAUUAGCUAACGUCAACGUUACUUCUUCUUUAAAUCCCCCAGUUACGCAAGUCUCGGUACAGUUACCGUCAGCAGACGCCAACCACUGUCUGAGGUGGAGGAAAGCUAUCAACAUCUGUAGCGAGCGAGCUACUAUCGCACCGAUGCGAUGAUCGCACUGCAAGGUGGAAUGCGUGAAGCUAUAUUCUGAAUCACCCAAACACACGGACCACUCGUUUUGAUACAGAACGCUGCGCCUUUCGAGUACGACCCCUUUUUUUUUUUGCUCCUGCAUACCUUGAUCUUUAAUGUAAGGGGCGAGGGAAAAGACGGCAAACAUUGCUUCCAAGAACAGAGCCGUCGCCAGCCAUGCAAGCGCCGCCGCUCCAGUACGACUUCUACAGCGAGGAGAACGCACCGAAAUGGCGCGGGCUGUUGGUGCCAUCACUGAACAAGGUGCUCAGCCAGGUGCACCCCAACCUGCUGUCGAAGGAGGACGCGCUGCAGUACAUCGAGGAGCUGAUUCUGCUGCUGCUCAGCAUGCUGUGCCAGGCCCAGCCACGCACCGUGCAGGACGUGGAGGAUCGCGUGCAGAAGAGUUUUCCACACCCCAUCGAUAAGUGGGCUAUCGCAGACGCUCAGGCGGCAAUAGAGAAGAGGAAGAGGAGGAAUCCAUUAGCCCUGCCUGUGGAUAAGAUUCACCCUCUGCUGAAGGAGGUGCUGGGCUACAAGAUCGACCACCAGGUGUCCGUUUACAUCGUGGCUGUGCUGGAGUACAUCUCGGCGGACAUCCUGAAGCUGGCGGGGAACUACGUGAGGAACAUCCGCCACUACGAGAUCUCCCAGCAAGACAUCAAGGUGGCCAUGUGCGCUGACAAGGUGCUCAUGGACAUGUUCCACCAGGACGAGGAGGACAUAAGUGGCUUCCCGCUGAUGGACGAGGAGCCCUCUGUUUCUGGGGAGCAGACCUACUAUGAUCUGGUCAAGACCUUCAUGGCCGAGGUGCGGCAGUACCUGCGGGACCUCAACCUCAUCAUCAAGGUCUUCCGGGAGCCCUUCGCGUCAAACACCAAGCUCUUCUCACAUCACGACGUGGAGAACAUCUUCAGCCGCAUUGUGGAUAUCCAUGAGCUGACGCUGAAGCUCCUGGGGCUCAUCGAGGACACGGUGGAGAUGACGGAUGAGGGGAGCCCUCAUCCGCUGGUGGGCAGCUGCUUUGAGGACUUGGCAGAGGAGCUGGCCUUCGAUCCGUACGAGUCGUAUGCUCAGGAUAUCCUGAGGACAGGGUUCCAUGACCACUUUCUGAGCCAGCUGUCCAAGCCGGGAGCAGCCCUCUACCUGCAGUCCAUAGGUGAAGGCUUUAAAGAAGCUGUCCAGUAUGUUUUGCCGCGGCUGCUCCUAACACCUGUGUAUCACUGUCUGCACUACUUUGAGAUCUUAAAGCAACUAGAGGAGAAGAGCCAGGAUGAGGAGGACAAGGAGUGUCUGAAGCAGGCCAUCACCGCCCUGCUCAAUCUGCAGAGCAGCAUGGAGAGGAUCUGCUCUAGGAGCCUGGCCAAGAGGAGGCUAAGCGAGUCGGCCUGCCGCUUCUACAGCCAGCAGAUGAAGGGCAAGCACCUGGCCAUCAAGAAGAUGAACGAGAUCCAGAAGAACAUCGACGGGUGGGAGGGCAAGGACAUCGGCCAGUGCUGCAACGAGUUCAUCAUGGAGGGCACGCUGACGCGGGUGGGCGCCAAGCACGAGCGCCACAUUUUCCUCUUCGACGGCCUGAUGAUCUGCUGCAAGUCCAACCACGGGCAGCCGCGGCUGCCGGGCGCCAGCGCCGCCGAGUACCGCCUCAAGGAGAAGUUCCUGAUGCGCAAGGUGCAGAUCAACGACAAGGACGACACGGGCGAGUACCGGCACGCCUUCGAGAUCAUCCUGAAGGACGGCAACAGCGUGGUGUUCGCCGCCAAGUCGGCGGAGGAGAAGAGCAGCUGGAUGGCGGCGUUGAUCUCGCUGCAGUACCGCUCCACGCUGGAGCGCAUGCUGGACCUCACCAUGCUGCAGGAGGAGAAGGAGGAGCAGAUGCGCCUGCCUGGCCCCGAGGUCUACCGCUUCGCCGAGCCCGACUCCGAGGAGAACGUGGUCUUCGAGGAGAACGUGCAGUCCAAGUCGGGCAUCCCCAUCAUCAAGGCCGGCACCGUGCUCAAGCUCAUCGAGAGGCUCACUUACCACAUGUAUGCAGAUCCGAAUUUUGUGAGGACGUUUCUGACAACAUAUCGGUCUUUUUGCAAGCCCCAGGAGCUGCUGGGCCUCUUGGUGGAACGGUUCGAGAUCCCAGAACCCAAGCCCACGGAAGCUGAUCAGAUGGCCAUUGAGAAUGGGGACCAGCCACUCAGCGCUGAGCUCAAGCGCUUCCGGAAGGAGUACGUCCAGCCGGUCCAGCUCAGAGUUCUGAACGUGUGUCGCCAUUGGGUAGAGCACCACUUCUACGACUUCGAGAGAGACGCGGAGCUGCUAAGGCGGCUGGAGGAGUUCAUCGGCAUGGUCCGAGGCAAGGCCAUGAGGAAGUGGGUGGAGUCCAUCACCAAGAUCAUCCAGAGGAAGAAGCAGGUCCAGGCCAACGGGCCCAGCCACAACAUCACCUUCGGGAGUUCGCCACCCCCCUUUGAGUGGCACAUCAGCAAGCCGGGUCAGACUGACCAGUUUGACCUCAUGACCCUUCACCCUAUCGAGAUUGCCCGCCAGCUAACGCUGUUGGAGUCCGAUUUCUAUAGGGCAGUCCAGCCUUCUGAACUUGUUGGCAGCGUCUGGACAAAGGAGGACAAGGAGAUGAACUCGCCCAACCUCUUGCGCAUGAUCCGGCACACCACCAACCUCACGCUGUGGUUCGAAAAGUGCAUCGUGGAGACGGAGAACCUGGAGGAGAGGGCGGCUGUGGUGGCACGCAUCAUUGAGAUCCUGCAGGUUUUCCAGGAGCUCAACAACUUCAACGGCGUGCUGGAGGUGGUCAGCGCCAUGAACUCCUCCCCCGUCUACAGGCUGGACCACACCUUCGAGCAAAUCCCCAGCAGACAGAGGAAGAUCCUGGAAGAGGCCCAUGAGCUGAGCGAGGACCACUAUAAGAAGUAUCUGGCGAAACUCAGGUCUAUCAACCCACCAUGUGUGCCUUUCUUUGGAAUUUACUUAACGAACAUCCUGAAAACGGAGGAGGGCAAUCCGGACUUUCUGAAGAGACACGGAAAGGAGCUGAUCAAUUUCAGCAAGAGGAGGAAAGUGGCGGAGAUCACCGGGGAGAUCCAGCAGUACCAGAACCAGCCGUACUGCUUACGGGUCGAGGGCGACAUCAGAAAAUUCUUUGAGAACCUAAAUCCCAUGGAGGACAAAACGGAGAAAGAGUUCGCUGACUACUUGUUCAACAAGUCCCUGGAGAUCGAGCCCCGCAAUGCCAGGUCCCUGCCCCGAUUUCCCAAGAAGUACAGCUGUCCCCUGAAGUCCCCGGGCGUGCGCCCGUCCACCAUCCGCCCGGGCACCAUGCGGCACCCAACGCCUCUGCAGAACGAGCCGCGCAAGAUUAGCUACAGCCGCAUCCCUGACAGCGAGACGGAGAGCACGGCGUCCGCCCCCAACUCGCCCCGCACGCCGCUCACGCCACCGCCUGCCUCCGGGGCGUCCAGCACCACGGACGUCUGCAGCGUCUUCGACUCCCCUCAGGGGCCCUCCAGCCCCUUCCACUCAAACAGUGACAGCAUCUUUGCCCCGGUGUCACUGCCCCACGGCCCACGGUCCUCGUCCGUGUCCUCCAUAAUGAGCUUCAACAGAAGCACAGAGGAUGUCCCUGUCCCCCCGCCAGUGCCGCCCCGCCGACGGCCAGAGUCUGCACCCGCCGAAUCCUCGCCCUCUAAGAUGAUGUCAAAGCACUUGGACAGCCCUCCUGCCAUCCCGCCCCGGCAGCCCACCUCAAAGGUAUACUCCCCAAGGUACCUGUCGGAGCGAGGCUCUGUUUCGGAGCCCCCUGACAGCCCGCCCACCCUGCCACCCCGUGAGCCCGUGAGAACGCCGGACGUCUUCUCCAGCUCCCCCCUGCACCUCCAGCCUCCGCCCCAGGGCCGGAGGAAUGAACUGAAUCAGACCUUCUUCCCUCCGUCCCCGUUCAGCCCUCUCCCACCCCAGACCCCCUCCCCGCUCGGGCCCCGCAAGCACCUGCCCUCCCCGCCGUUGAUACCCCAGGACUGUGACCCCGCGCUUGGCGCCACUGGGCCCCCCGUCCCGCCCCGGCAGAGCACCUCCCAGGCCAUCCCCAAACUGCCUCCCAAAACGUACAAAAGGGAGCCCGCGCACCCGUCCAUACACCGGGACGGCCCACCUCUGCUGGAAAACGCCAACUCCUCCUAGACUGUGCGUGGGGAGGGGCAGGGGUUAAGUGGGGGCACAGGCCAGACAUGCUAACACUAAAGACAGCAAAAGGAAGACCACAAGAAAAAAAAAAAAAAAAAAAAAGCCAGUCUGGAUUUAACCCCCAAACGCCUCCCUAACCCGCCAAUGCAAUGGUUGUCUUUUUUAUUCCAGUACAAACAAAGGAGAUUGCCUAACCUGGUUUGGGGAUUCCGUUCUGUGGUGUCUUUUUCCCGUUUUUGUCAUCAUCCAUUGUUUUGUUUUACUUUACUUUUAGUAAACUCAUUUCAGCAAAGCAAUCUCUGACCAUUACAUGCCAAUCCCACAGCUGGUGAACAAGGCCAGGACUAAACUGUGCUCUGCAAAAGCAAGGACAACUGGCCCAAUCGAGCAGGCUCCCUUUUCAACACAGUGAAAGAGACGAAAAACAAACUAUUUUUCUUAUUAAAAAAGUGAAUGGGCACUAAGACAUUGCUUUAAAAGAACUAAGAGACUAGAGCAAAUGGAGGCGUGGAAUUUGACAACCUUGUAAACCGCAACAGGUUUGGGAAACCUGAUUGGACUCCCUUGGUAUGUCUUUGCUUCCCCACACCUGCUCAUCCAGACAAAAAAAAGGGACACAGGAAUCACAUUUGUUAUGGUGUUUGGACUUUGUUUUAAUUCAAGGUGAGUGAUUUGUGCCAGUAGUAUCAGAGUACCAAGAUUUAAGGUACCCUCCACACCAAAGAGGUACUUUCAUGAAUUCAGAAACACAAGAAGUGAUUAUUCUUUUUUUUUUAGUUUUUUUUGAUUGAUUUCUUUUGCCAAGAAGUAUGUAAUACAAUUGCCUUCUUUAAAACAAGGGAAUAAAAGUGUUUUUACCACUGUAUGUUACAGCUUGGCAAUGAGGAAACAAUUCAUGCUGUCAAACCCUGACCUAAAUGUAACAAAAUGGAAGGGGCUUCCUUCUGCAAGUCCAGUCAACCUUGUUGCCAGCUGCUCUCGUAGGAGAUUGAUAAUUCACUCUGACAAAAAAGUGUUGCAUUUCAAAUUGGUUGUGCCUUUUAUGUUUCAUGUGCGAUUUCACAAUAUACACUGAAUGUCAUUGGAUGCUACCAACAUCAUUGUGGGGGAGGGGAGACUUCUUAGCCAAUGGAUUUGUCGGAAUGUCCAAUCUUCUCACCCGCCUCCAUAAAGAAAAUUUCCAGCUUCCCCGUCUGUAGUCUUUAAUCUCCUCUCUCUUCUGCCUUAAAGGAAUCGAUUGUGGUGUUCCAUUCAGUUAGGACUUAGAUUGUUGGUAUUCCUCAACCCCCUCUACACAAACACCAGCCUUCCCUCACAUGUCUGCUAAACACAAGCUGCCUUGUCUUCAACCCUGCCUCUUUUUUUUUUGUUCAUCUUCGUCCUGCAUGUCUGUUGCACAGCCAGAUCUGUGUUGUAUGGAUGGUACUGCCACACCUAGCAGAUGGGCAUUGAAGCACUUUCUCAGAUCAUUUUUCCAUCUGACAUAUCUGAAAGUGUCUUUGCGGGUUUUGUGGUGGCGUUACGGAUAAUUGGGUUUAAAAGCGACCAAGAUGAGAUGGCUUGUUGUUUAGCUGCUUUGGUUUGCUGAUUGGUUUAGGUGAAAAUGACUCAAGGUCUUAUUGGAGGCUGUCUGUAAAACUAAGAAGCACUCUAACAAAAAGUUGGUUUCAUCCCUGUGCUACUUGAUUUUCUUCUGAGUUGUCUUAAAUGCGCUCAGUAUUGUAGCCAAGGUUUCUGUCCAAAAAGCAGACUCGAGAAUCCUUCUGCAGAUGCAAAUGGAAACGGUUGUCACAGUUGCAAGUUGCCAAUGGCUGUCCACAUGGAAGAGAGGUCAAAGGUGACAGGCAGUGCCGUGUGCUCUUGAGAUGAAACUGACAUUUUACAGCAGAGUGACAGUAUAGCCAGACAAGUUCAUUUUUCCUAUGAUUCCUAAUAUCAAGUUGAGUCCUGACUGCUCUACAACAGCUUUAUCAGACAAAUUUGUAAGUGAAUUAUCUGUGAGUCACGAUGGUCCUCCUGUUUUUAAAAUGCUAAAGAAAUGGUGUCUUAGGCCUUCUUCUAUGUCAAUUUACAACUGCAACUUUGUACUUCAGAAGAGAAAAGUCACUUGUGUAAGUCACACAUUUAAGCCCCUUGCAGGCCAAUGUGAAAACUUCAUUAUAAUUCUGUAAUCCCUUUGCCCUGUGCUCUGGAAUGGGAAUGGUGAGGUGUGAAAGGCCAAAGUCCUGCAAGUCACCACAGAAUUUUUUCUCCAACUUUUUUGCCAUUCAUGCGAUACGGGUUAAAGAAUUGUAUUAUCAGGCGGUCGCCAAGUGGUGCUAAUUGUUGAUGUGUGUAUUGACAAUUACAUAACUUUCAAACAACCAGUAAGUUGAGAAGAGAGCAGUGCCAUUGUUGGGGAAUAAUUACCCUGAACCCAUAGCAGAGCUUAAAUUUAAUGAGCAGAUUUUUGGGAAAGCCUUGAUAUUGGGCAUUGUGAUUUGCAGAAACCCAAAAAGUAUUGAGUGAGACAGUGUGCCUAGGUGUAGCUGGAGGUAGGGUUUGAGUGCUGCUUGCUUUUCUUGUGUCAGUGUUUUUCCACUGCUAAUUGGUAAAAUUGAGGAGUGAUUGAUAACGUUGCAUAGUCAAAAUGAAAGAACCUUCUUGCGAAUGUUUUGUGUUUGUUUCUGAAAUUAGCUGCCUGACUGCUUCAAGGCCAGCCCCCCAUCUCUGCACGUUUUUGCUUUUCUUUCCCAGCGACACAAGUCACAGAAGUGAGUCGUGCAACAAAACGUGAUUCUUGUAGGUAUGCAUUAUAGAUUUUUACACUAAAUGAAAUCUGGUUUUGGUAGUUUUCCUUUCGAAUAGAGCUGGUGUACAAAAUAUCCACAAAGAGUUUGCUAGGUGGAAUUGGAUAGCAUUGUUAUCAAGAAAAGCAAGAAGAUGAAUUGAACAGCAUGGACUAGAGUUUAAGAACCAUGGAGCAGAUGGAGAAGAAAUUAAAUAUGGACACUUUCAAGUGGAAAAAAUUGCUCUACCGAUGUCAUAUUUCAGUUCUGUUACAACGUACUGUUAUACCAGUGUGGUAAAACCGAAACUGUCAGUCAGCAGAUUUAAAACAUCUACUGUCCAUGAUUUUGUUUCUCCAUCCUAGAAUCAUGCUCCAGAUUGCUGUUUCCU